UAAAUCUUAUUUCAUCAUUGAGUUUCGGUUUUUUUACAGAGAGCGAGAAUUUUAUUUCUUUAUUCGGUUUACGGAGGAUGAAAAUCACGGUCUAUGUUCUUACUAGUGAUGUGAGUGAAUUGAGUGUUCAAGAGUUAGUUUUGUUUUUGCUUGUUGAUAUGGACUAUGGAGGGAGUUGGAACCAAGCUUCAACUUGAUCAUAUUAGACGAUACUGAAAACAAAGGAGCGGGUACAUACAAAAUAAGAAAAAGGCGAAGAGUUAAUCUUCUUUACGUCUUUAAUUAAGUUUCUUCUACUACUCUUAAUUAACUCUUCUUCAACAAUUUCCAAGAUAUAUUGAAGAGGGCACUAAUUCUUUUUCUUCAUUUCCGUCAGUAAAACUAUUCUGUUUGUUACGAAGUUUGACAAAUAUGGCUGAAGUUCUUAUUAUUGCUGCGAGUGAAUCCUUAAUGAGCAGGUUGGUUUCUAUUGCUUCCGAUGGGAUAUAUCUAGUUGGGAGUGUUAAAGAUGAAAUGCUAAAACUCCAAGGAACUUUACUCGGUAUUCAAACUGUAUUAAGUGAUGCGGAGAAGCAACAAGUAGAGAAAGAUGCAGUGAAGAUUUGGCUUCGAGAACUUAAAGACAUAAUUUACGAAGCUGAAGACAUAUUGGAUGAAUUCGCUUACGAAACUGUGAGGCGUAAAAUGCUUAUUCAAGGCCGUAAACGGAACAGGGUAAAGAACUUCUUCUCGCCCUCGAACACACUUGCAUUUCGUGUCAAAAUGGCUCGUAAAGUUAAAGAUCUUAACCAAAUGUUGGAUAAAGUGGCAAAAGAAAAAGACAUGUUCUGUUUCGAUGUCAGCACUCAGAGAAAUACUACAAGUAAGGAUAAUGUUAUCAGAAUCAGAGGAACUUCAUCCCUUGUAGGUGACUCAAGUCUUAUCGGAAGGGAAAACGAUAAAUCAAAGAUAAUAGAUGUAUUAACCAAUAUCUCUAACAGUGAACAGAUUUACCGUAUACUUCUCAUCGUUGGCAUGGGGGGAAUUGGCAAGACCAAACUUGUUCAAAGUGUCUAUGGUGAUAACGUUGUCAUACGUCAUUUCGAGAAAAGACUGUGGGUAUGCAUAUCUCAAAAUUCUAAUCUGAAGCAGAUUUUUGGCAAGUUAUUAGAAUCCAUUACCGGGACGAAGAAAGAUAUUUCAAACUUGGAUGUCAUGGUGAAUAGCCUCAAAGAGAACCUUCAGAAUAAGAGAUAUCUGAUAGUUCUUGAAGAGAUGUGGAACAAUAAGCACAAUGAGUGGGACGAUAUGCUGAAAACUUUGUUGCCCAUUGGGGCUCAUGGAAGCAAGGUAAUCGUGACAACACCAAGUAAUGAAGUUACUUUAAAGACACGGUCUGUAUACAGAUAUAGUUUGGAACGGUUAUCCAACGAAGAAUGUUGGACUCUCUUCCAGAAAAUUGCUUUCGGGUCUGGAGGAGUAGAGAAGACAGAAAAAUUAAUCAAGAUCGGAAAGAACAUUGCGAAAAAGUGUGGAGGAUUGCCAUUAGCAACAAAGCUUCUUGGGGGUAUGAUGUACUCCAAAAGGGGUGAAAACGAGUGGCUGUCAGUUGAAAAUAACGUCAUCUGGAAUCAUCCCGAAGGCGAAGAAAAGAUUAUAAAGAUAUUGAAGUUAAGGUAUGAUCACCUUGAGCCACAUUUAAAACAAUGUUUUGCACAUUGUUCUUUAUUUCCGAAAGAUCACAUUUUCAAAAGGAAGAAAGUAAUUCAGCAGUGGAUGGCCGAAGGGUUCCUUAGUCCCGGUAAAGAAAGCGCAGAAAUGGAGAAGAUUGGUAAUGAAUAUUUUAACACUUUGCUAAGAUAUUCAUUCUUCCAAGAUGAGCAAAAAAAUGAGCUGGGAGGUAUAAAAUCAUGUAAGAUGCAUGAUCUUGUGCAUGAUCUUGCACAAUCCGUUGCUAGAACUGAAUGCUCUAUGAUAAAUCUUAACAAGAAGCCAGAAGAGGAAAUUAAUGGUCUUCGGCGUGUAAGUUUGGUUUUUGAAAAUGAGUUCUCAUUUGUCGCUAUGGAGUUGUCCAAGGUGAAAAAAUUGCGGACGUUCAUUUCUACUACACCGGAGUUCAUUGAUAAUACUUAUGCCAUGCAGAUUUUCAUGAACUUUAGUCACAUACGUGUGCUGGACUUGAGCUGCAACGCGAUAACGGAGUUACCUCCAUCAAUUGCCAAGUUAAAACACUUACGGUACCUCAAUCUCUCAAACUCUCGAUUAUCUAAAUUACCCAACUCUAUUACUACUCUCUACCAUCUGCAAAGCUUGAUUCUGAAGAAUUGUUUUGAGCUGAAAGAUCUUCCUCGGGGCAUGAAAAAGCUUAUCAACUUGAGACAUCUUAUUAUCUGUAAAAGUCAAGCUAAUGCAUGGAUACCUCCAAUGCCAAGGGAGGUAAGAAAUUUAAGUUGCCUCCGAUAUUUGCCGGUAUUUGUUGUAGGGAAAGACAGUGGAUUUCGUAUCGAAGAGUUGAGAGACCUAAAUCUUCUUGGUGGUAAAUUACAAAUUCAUAAUUUGGAGAAUGUAAGAGAUGGAAAUGAUGCCCAAGGUGCCUGUUUAAAAGACAAACAACAUAUUGUUAGGCUGGAGCUAUAUUGGACCGAAAACGAAACAUGUAAUGAUGUCGUUCGAGAUGAUUUUGACGUGUUAGAAGGCCUCCAACCUCAUCCAAACCUUAGAAGACUGGGAAUCCACUACUAUGUUGGUUCAAAAUUCCCCACAUGGAUGAUGAGGCAAGAUAAUGUGCUUCCUAAUUUGGUUUUUGUCGUUCUUCUAAAUUGCAGUAAGUGUGAAUAUCUUCCUUCGCUUGGGUCACUUCCUUUUCUAAAGGUUCUCAAAAUAGUUGGACUUGUUAGUGUGCAAACUAUUGGCAGUGAGUUCUACGGUAGCAACAAUGGCGAGGUGUCUUCUUUCCGAUCUCUUGAAGAACUCUCACUAAUUGGUAUGCCGAAUUUGCUAGAAUGGUCAGAUCACAUGUCAUCACCAUCUUCUGCUUCAUCAUCAUUUCCUUCAAGUUUUCCUCGCCUUGAGCGGCUGGAGAUCAAGGCGUGCCAUAAGUUGACGAUCAUGCCAAACCGGUUUCCAUUUCUCAAAGUACUGAAGCUUGAACACUGCAAUGGCGAACCAGUAAGCUCAUUGGUAGAUAGCAAUCUAACAUCUCUGACGUCCGUGGACAUUGCAUUCUGUAAAGAGCUUGUGUUUCUUCCUCGGGGAUUGCUUAGAGGAAAUAAUAUGCUUCAAAGUCUUGAGGUUUCUAAUUGUGAAAUGUUUCAAGGCUUUAAUCCGGACCAAGAGCUUGAUGAGGAGGGGCAAAGUCGGUUACUUCCUAACAAUUCUCUCGAUUCGUUGUCGCUGUUUAAUUGCCCUGCAUUAGUCUCAUGGCCAGAUUUACGGGGAUUCAACUCUCUCUGGGUUCUUGGUAUCAAUGUCUGUAAAAGGCAGAAGUCCAUCCCAAAUGGUAUAGAACAUCUUCCCAAGCUUGUAAUUCUGGGUAUUGGUGGGUUUUCUGAAGAGUUGGAAUCCUCUCCCUUCCCUGCUUUCAAUAAUGAAGAAGGAACUCUCCAGAGACAUUACUUUCCAUCGCUUCGUACGUUGUACAUUUACGGAUGGUCCAAACUCAAGUGCCUGCCGGAUCAAAUUCAGUACCUUACUUCUUUGCAGUAUCUCCUUAUAUAUAACUUUGAUUCGUUGGAGGCUCUGCCUGAGUGGUUGGGUAACUUGGCUUCGCUUAGGUACUUGAGUAUAUGGAAAUGCGAAAAUCUUAAGUAUAUGCCUUCAGCAGAGCAGAUGCAGCGGCUUACCUCACUGCAACAACUGGAAAUCCAUUUCUGUCCACUUCUAGUGGAUAGGUGUAUAGAAGGAGGAGAAGAGUACAGCAAGAUUUCUCACAUUCCUAAUGUCACUUAUUUUUAACGGAACACCUCCAAUUCAAGAUCCUUCACAGCAGGAGCCUUUUCUGGCAAUGGGCAAUCCGACUUUAAGAUAGGUCACCUGUCCAACCAGAUGGAACUCGUAGUCUUAUGGUCCAUUGUACAAUGCCGCUGUGAAUGUAACUGAACAUGGUGUAGCAGAUAAUUCAUUUUCAAUCAAACCGUGCAUUCCUCAACGGGAAGUAGCAGAGACAUCAAACAUCCUUCCGGUUGGAAGCAAACUGUAUACGGUUAAGCUACACGAGUAUUUUUCUUGAUUGUGUAGUCUAAUUGUUCCUUUGAAAAGAGAGAAUGAAUUUUCCCCAGAAGGUGGACUACA